AUAGUUUUUGAUACUUCAGACCAUUGUAACAAGUAGGCAAGUAGCGUACAGUAUCGUAUAACCAAGUUUGAUGGGUCGAAGAUCUGGUGCAACAAAACGACUUCAGUAAAAACUCAAAAGUUAUUAAAAGCCUAAAUCAUUCGUUAUUUAGCGACAAUGAAGGAACUCGUUUGGGGAAUCAAAAAUGGCGAUCUUGAUCAGGUUCGAGAUAUCGUCGAGAACAAGAAUAUUGACGUCAAUCAAAUGAUCGAAGGGCGGAUGCCGUUACACUAUGCCGCAGAUUAUGGCCAAGGUGAAGUCGUCAGAUACCUUUUGGAGAAAGGCGCUGACGCUAAUGCAAUGGAUAAACAUGGAAUAACGACUCUAUUAGCAGCAAUUUGGGAGGGGCACACAAAUUGCGUUAAAAUUCUGUUAGAGAAGGGAGCUAAGCCAGAUGGAAUGACGCCUGACGGUACAAGUUACAUCGAUGCGGCUGAAAAGGAUGAGAUUAAGCAACUCUUGAAGGCUCACUAGCACAAAACCAAAUAACUUGCAGAAAUGGAAACUUUACUGUUUAGCACUUUAAUGUUCCUCAUAGAAUAUUACUGUUGCUUUACUUUUAAUUCCUUGCACUCGACUACACUACUAUAUUUAUAUACUUUAAAUUAAAGUAGAUACGCCACGUGCAGUUUUAUCAUAGUAUAUUAGUAAGUGUUCAUUGAAGAUCAAAUGUUCGAUGCAAUAUGUGAUUCUCCGUUUCUUUUUUUUAAUUAUGGUAAAUGGCUAAAGAUAUUUCUAGAAAACUUUAAUAGUCAACCUGCUGUCUGUUAAAGUCUUGAAAAAGUCAAGAACUUUUUCCUUAAAAUAUGUUUGCUUUGACCAAUUGAUAAGAUUCCAGUUUUACUUGAAUGUGAUUUUUAUAAUUGUCAGUAUCAUUAAGUGCAUUUUAAUGUAUAAUUUGUGCUUAUGUUUUUACAAAAAAAAAAACAAAUAUCUUUUAAUCGUUUUAGUUUUCGCGCAUUUCGUGAAUGCUUUAUAAAAUAAGAGACAAAUGAUGUCCAUAUAAUGGUUACAAAAAUCAAAAAAACUGUCUUCAAAUAGAUAUAUCUGUCAGUAUGAACAGAAAAUUCAGUACAACUGACUUUUGUAGCUGUAGAUUAGCCAUGGGAUUUUAUUGUGGCUACAAAUAAUGGUAUUGGAUAAUUAGAGUUUUUCCAUCUCUUGACUGAUUAUGACUAUAAACACGAUAACCAAAUCAUAGUUCUAAGGUGACUGAUAAUAUUUAGCACAAAACAUGUUCGUCAUACAAAUAAUCAUUUUGCUCAUGUGACAUGCAUCAAAUGCACCAACUUAUUCAGUUUUAAAAUUGAAAUUGUACCGAGAAUUCUUUCCCGAUUUUCAAAUUGCUAAAGUGCCAAGAUUAUGCUCACACUCAGUCAAGACAUUUUUCGUAAUGUUUAGUACGAAAAAUGCGCAAAAUUCUAAUAUCAAACUAGCCAUUGCAAACCUAUUUACUGCUGCAGCUCUCGUUUGAGAUCAAUGUUCAUAAUAGUAAAUAAUAUAUACAGAUUGCAAUACUGACAUGGCAUGCUCCCAAGCGUGCAUAGCUUAAUUAAUAUACUUUGUAUUUUUAAUAAUAAAAAUAUUAUUCAUGCAGGAA